UGACACACUAGGACAACCGCAAACUACUCGUAAAUCGCGUCGAGAGGGACGGACCAUGGCGGAACACAACGACCAUGGCUUCAUGGCGACGAAGGAGAACGCCGCGCCGCUCAAACAAGCUACGAUCGACCGCGCGUUGGCCAUGAAUGAAAAGUCUGUCAGUUUGCCGCGCGAUUUAAACAAGACGCGGGCGCGGCGUGCCGCGCGCCUCGAGAGCCACCUGCCCGUGGGCAGACAGAGCGGACGUCGCGCCCGGACAGCGCCGGACCGGCGCCAGCGCCGGACGUAACGGUCGCCCGCGGACGCCGGACGCGCGAGCCGCGAGGCUCAGCACUGAGCAGGAGCUGACGGUCACGCCCCUCGCAGGGCAAGAAGGCCCUGCUCGGCUACGCCAAGUCGCGCUUCUCCAUCCACUGCGAGUGCUACGCCUACCGCGGCAACUACCAGGGUGACGGCGUCGGCCCCGGGAUGCCGCUCCACUGCCUCAACCGCGAGCAGCUCGCGGUCCGCCUCAAGGAGUGGAAGACGACCACGGGCGACGACUCCUAGGCGACGCGCGCGCCGCUGGAUAAAACACAACCAACAA